AGGACUUCUGUUCGGAGAAACUUGUUCUGCCAAUUCGUCGAGACGCCGAUGGAUCAGUCGUCGAUGAUCUGGCUCCCGAUGACGGUGCGUUCGGUCGUCGCGGUUGUUGGGACGACUCGCGACGCCUGAGAGAAAUUGAACGCACGCCGCGUGUUUCGCAAUUCGCAAAUUCGUCGAUCGAAUCCUCAUCAGCGAAGCCUGAGGGGGGAGGGGGUCUGAGGGUUGUCGCAAUCGCGACGCAUUCAGGGGCAUUGUGCAAUCACGCCGGAUACGAGAUGCAUGAUCUAGCGUGAUCUCUCAGGACAGUGACAUUGAAUUCCACGGUGGUUCCGAAAUCACCGAGUAAAACGCGAUCGCGCGGAUCGAUUUAACGCUCGAACAUCGAACAAUGGCACUGAUGCAGAGACUGCGAUCUUCGUUCUUCGUUCUGGGAACGAAUUAUGCCAAGUGGACGUCUAGUCAGGUGAUCCUUGCGAGAGCCGUGUCCACCAUGCAACCGCUCUCCAAAAAAAACGAGGUCACUAUAACGUUUGUUAAAGCCAAUGGGGAGAGGAUAAAGGCAAAAGGGAAAGUGGGAGACAGUAUUUUAGAUAUUGUCGUAAACAAUGACAUCGACUUGAAUGGCUACGGAGCUUGCGAAGGAACAUUGACAUGCAGCACUUGUCAUUUAAUCUUUCCCAAGGACGUAUACGACAAUCUUCCAGCCAAGCCUACGGAUGAAGAGAAUGAUAUGCUAGACUUGGCGCAAGAGCAAACCGAUACCUCGAGACUGGGCUGCCAGAUAACAAUGACUGAGGAACUAGAUGGCAUUGAAGUGAGAGUACCGGCUGGCAUUAAUGAUGCGAGAGUUUCUUAAUAAACAUAAACACGAUAACUCAAUGAAGAGUUUAAUCGACACUUAGGUAAAUUAAAUUUAAAUUGAUUCCAUAUUUAGAACACUUUGACAAAUCUUUUUUUCAUAUAAGAGCAAUACUUUAUGUACAUAAUAGCAAAAAAAUUAUAUUCCAAAGUAUAUUUGGAUUUACCAA